AUGGUUCAGGCAAUCCAGGUUUUAAGAUUUCAUCUUCUGGAACUUGAAAAGGUACAUGAGUUGUGCGACAACUUCUGUCAUCGUUACAUUGGCUGUUUGAAGGGCAAGAUGCCUGUUGACCUCGUCAUCGAGGAGCAGGAUAGUGUCUCCACCUACAUUGAAACCAACAACAACAACAACAUCAGCAGCAACAACAACAACCUUAACAACAACAACAACAACAAUAACAACAACAACAACAACAACAACAGCGGAAGCAACAACCACAACAAAAUGAAUAGGAGUCCUCAGUCAUCGGUCUACAGUGCUCACGAACAAGUCAAACAUCUCUUCCUAUUUUCGAAGCGAAGUUACAGCCACAUCCAAUAG